UUCCUAUCAAAAUGUUCUCAAAAGUAUUCGUGGUAAGCGCUGUAUUAGCAGUCGCUUCGGCUGGUCUAUUGCCGACAGCCCACUACUCCCCCGCCACCGCGGUCUCCUCCCAGAGCAUCGUGCGCCAUGAGCAGCCCCUUGCUGUAGCCGCCCCCGUCGCCUACCACGCCGCUCCCGUCGCCUACCAAGCUGCCCCAGUCGCCUACGCCACUCCCGCCCGCUACUCGUCUGCCGCGGCUGUUUCUUCACAGAACAUCAUCAGACACCAGCCAUCUAUCGCUGUCGCCGCUCCCGUCGCAUCGGUAGCCUACUCCUCUCCCGCCCGCUACUCCUCUGGCGCCGCCCUCUCUUCUCAGAACAUUGUCCGUCACGGCGUAGCCCCCGUCCAAUACGCACAGUACGCAGCUCCCGCUCGCGUCGCCGUCGCCCACGCUGCUCCCAUCAUCCACGCCGCACCCGCUCAUGUCACCGUCGAGGAAUACGAUGCGCACCCCAGGUACGACUUCGCGUAUUCCGUAGCCGACGGCCACACCGGCGACAACAAGUCCCAGCACGAGAGCCGCGACGGUGACGUCGUGCACGGCGAGUACUCGCUACUCGAGGCUGACGGCUCAGUGCGCCGCGUGGAGUACACCGCUGACCCACACAACGGCUUCAACGCUGUGGUUUCCAACUCCGCGCCCGCCCACGCCGCACCCGUACCUACUUUCAGCAUCGUGCGCCACGAGCAGCCCCUUGCUGUAGCCGCCCCCGUCGCCUACAACGCCGCUCCCGUCGCCUACCAAGCCACCCCAGUCUCCUACGCCGCUCCCGCCCGCUACUCGUCCGCCGCGGCUGUCUCCUCACAGAACAUCAUCAGACACCAGCCAUCCAUCGCUGUCGCCGCUCCCGUCACCUCCGUAGCCUACUCCUCCCCCGCCCGCUACUCCUCUGCUCCCGCUCGCGUCGCCGUCGCCCACGCCGCUCCCCUCGUCCACGCCGCCCCCGCUCAUGUCGCCGUCGAGGAAUACGAUGCGCACCCCAGGUACGACUUCGCGUACUCCGUAGCCGACGGCCACACCGGCGACAACAAGUCCCAGCACGAGAGCCGCGACGGUGACGUCGUGCACGGCGAGUACUCGCUGCUCGAGGCUGACGGCUCAGUGCGCCGCGUGGAGUACACCGCUGACCCACACAACGGCUUCAACGCUGUGGUCUCCAACUCCGCGCCCGCCCACGCCGCACCCGUCGCUCAUGCUCCCAUCAUCGCUCAUCAUUAA